UGGUUGUAGUCUAGUCGGUUAGGAUAUUCGGCUCUUACCCGAAAGACCCGGGUUCAAGUCCCGGCAACGGAAUCAUUUUUUCCUUUUAUCUCUCAAGUAUAAGCAGUCUAAGCAAUCCAAGAUUCUAAGUUUGUGCAACUUUUUUCUCAGCCACUGUCAUGUGUUGUAACCUUUGCAUCUGCUUUGUGUGGCAAAAUGAAGUAAAACUUAGCAGCUAAGAUCCAUUAGGAUGGCAAUAAUCAUGAUUCAUGCCACAAGGUUUCCUUCUCAUCACCGCUUGAUAACUUGAUCAGUAGCUUGUAUUCAGCAAAUAUUUCGGGUUACAUGAAUUUGUCAAAAACUUCAAUUUGUAAUGAAAAAAAUAUGUCCCAAGAGCAAGAAUCCACCUUUGCAACAUACAACUCAGAUGUGCAGCUUCAACAUCUUUAAGCUCUCUAAUCCACCUUCAUUUUUGGAUGACGGACAAUGGCUUUUUGUCUUUUAUCAUCACUACCCUUUAAGCUUUUUCCCAGAAAAUAAGAACAAGCAAAAAAAAUUCCGUUGCCGGGACUUGAACCCGGGUCUCUCGGGUGAGAGCCGAGUAUCCUAACCAACUAGACUACAACGGAUUGCCAGUAUCAUAUCGUACUAAGAACAAAAGAAACUUUCUUUUGGUAAGUUUUUGUUACUCCGCAAGCAGGGUUUAGCGUGUUUCUCCAAGUUUCCCACACUCUGCUUCCCUAUCUUGUGCAACACCUUACGGCUCGACUUGGCUUAGCAUUUUGAAAGCUGUUGAUCCUUGAUCUUUAUUAGUGUUUUCGUGAAAAAUAGCCGAUUGAGGUAUUAUAAAAUGAGUGUCUCUGGACUGGCUGGCAGUCCCUCACGAUGUUGCCUUCGGCUAAUGCACCACAAUCAAGUUUUGGUACGCAGGCAAGUUUCAGCUAUUCCAAGUGCUGGCAAACCUAAGGAAAAAAUUGGCUUAAUCCAUUUUGAAAGAAGUAGUUGGAGAGUUUCUAUUCAAAAGUGGGAGACACAGAAAACUCAUUUGAUCAGAUGUGCAAUGGAUUCUUCCUUUGGUGAUAUGGCAAGUGAAUCAGCUGGAUCUCCAAUCUUUCCUAGAAUUAAUAUUCGGGACCCAUACAAACGAUUAGGAAUAAGCAGGGAGGCCUCCGAAGAUGAAAUUCAAGCUGCACGGAACUUCCUUAUUAGUAAAUAUAGGGCGCACAAACCAAGUGUCGAUGCAAUUGAAGCAGCCCAUGACAAAAUAAUUAUGCAGAAGUUCUAUGAAAGGAAGAACCCAAAAAUUGACAUCAAGAAAAAGGUCAGGGAAGUCAAACAAUACUGGGUUGUACAGGCUGUCACAAGCAGGUUCCAAACUCCAGCCACUAAGUUCAUUGUAAAAACAUCGAUAGCAUUUAUAGUGCUUGGAGUUCUCACUGUUCUCUUUCCAACUGAAGAAGGCCCAACCCUCCAAGUAGCUAUAUCACUGAUAACUACCUUCUACUUCAUAAAUGAUCGGUUGAAGAGCAAAAUCCGAGCUCUACUUUAUGGGGCUGGAGCUUUUAUAUUCUCCUGGUUAAUGGGAACCUUCUUGAUGGUAUCUGUGAUUCCACCUAUACCUAUUCUUAAGGGCCUGAGGAGUUUUGAAGUGCUGACAUCAUUGAUAACCUAUGUGCUACUCUGGGUUUCGUCUACCUAUCUUAAGUAGUUCUAAAGCACCAGGUUUCUCUUAUUAUAGACCCCCAAUUUUGAAGUAGUGGAUAACACAAGAUUUUCUUGGUAGUGGCUUAUUGAUCAUGUUAUUUUAGCUUAUGAGAGCUGUGUCAUAUCUCUACUUUGGCCAUCGAUACUAGUUGUGCUAAACAUAUUGGUUCAAAGCAUAGUUUGGAAGAAAAGAUUUGUGGAUAAAUUCGUUUGCUGUCUGGUAAAAGAUGUAAAAAUGGAUCAAAGUAAAGAUAGGUUGUUGUGUGAAUGGUGGUUUCUUACAUGCUUUUCUUUCCUUUUGUUCUUUUCUCCCAGUUUUGUUACAAAGAUUCUGAAUCAACAUGGAACCACUCUCUAUGUCUUCCAUUUCGAACAUGCAUGAAGACAAUUUGUUUGUGGGGUUGGAUUUUUAGGACAAUGAGAACUUUUAUAUACUUAAUUUGAAUCACCCGAGCUUUAAGAUGCCCCAGAGAUUGAGCUGUUGGGAAUAGCCUCGUCUUUGCUCUUCAGUCUUUUGAUGAUUUUUUAGUUAAAGAGUGCCUGAAUCUGUCCACAAUAGUUCCU